AUGGCGAACCGCCUUUUCGAUCCCCGGCGGGUGGCAGGAUGUGCUGGUGCCGAUCGUGCCACCUUGUCGGGCGGAUCCCUGGCGGCUCUCUUGCUGGCUCCCAAAGCUUAUCCCCCCUGGGGGUCUGUCUUUCAGCAGCGCAGACCGCAAGGUUUCCCCAGCUUGAUGGGCGUCGGCCGAAACUCGCGCGAGAGGUUGGCCGAGGAAUGGAUGGCGCGCUGCCCUGCAGUGCCUGUUCACCUCGAUCGACUGGGCCUGCUGCAGCUAGACGAAUGCAUCGAACCCGGAAUGCAUUAG